AUGGCGGACUUGCUAAGAAACUCUCUAGGGGUAGCAAAAGCACCUCUGACUGUCUCUCUCAUCCUACUUGUGUGCUCCUUAAUAUCUCUGUUUUUCCUCGCAGUCACCAUUUUCAUCUUCUUCUACUUCAAAUCGCUGCAGUGUUCUCGGCUACGAGUGCACAGGAAUCUUGUGGUAGCUCUCAUCAUCCACUCCUUGAUGCUUGUUGUCAUAUCCUUACCAGUGGUGGGCGGGCCGAAUAUACCAUCCUAUAGAGAUCUGAACUGGCUGUGCAAGAGCGUGGUAUCUGUGAAGAUGUACGCGGCGCUCGCCAGCAUCAACUGGAUGUUUGUGGAAGGAAUGCUGCUACACAGUAGGAUCACGACAAACAUCUUCCAAAAGGAUGCUCCUUUCAAACUCUACUAUCUCAUCGGUUGGGGUAUUCCCCUUGCACUCAUUAUCAGCUGGUGCGUUACCAUGACGACGCAUCUGAACACGGACUGCUGGGAAGGCUAUGGACGUUCUCCGUACGUCUGGAUCAUUACGGGACCUAUGAUUGGCGCUCUCGGAAUAAAUUUGAUUUUCUUGGUAAACAUUAUUCGCAUACUAGUGACGAAAAUGAAAACGAGUUCAACGUUUGAAAUCGUCCAGGUGAGGAGGGCCAUGAAGGCAACAGCGUUGCUCUUUCCUCUCCUCGGCAUCACUCAUUUACUGUUCUGCGUAAAUCCGAGAGAUGACAGCAAACUGGAAGAGGCCUACAUGAUUACCAACGCCGUUCUGCAGUCAUCUCAAGGAAUUUUCGUCUCAAUUCUCUAUUGCUUUAUGAAUAUUGAGGUGCAGACGGUUCUCCGCAAGGCGUACGUGCGCGCCGCCCUGCGACGCAACCCCAACCACCGGUAUACUUGGAAAUGCCGCACUUCCCAGUCCAGUACCUACAUGUCCAACUGCGAGACGUCCCUGGUGAUCCCAGGGGACAGCUCCCUGGUGAGAACGAACACCAGAUCCAUCUACGUGGGCCGCUCGAUCGAAGGACACCAGGGAAAGCCCUCGGCGAUUCGGAAAUAUCCCGGAGGCAUGAGAUCAGAAAUCAACGGCAUGACUGUAAGUGCGGUAUAAAAAAGAUAAACUCCUUGUCAAAUUCAGAAAUUCAUUAAAGCUGUCUUCAAGCACAAAUUUCUCGAAUUCACAUCUUCUCCAUCCUUUAUCUUAAAUAAAGAGAUUUUUUGGAAAAACAAUAUUUAAAUGAUGUGAAACGUUGCGAUGUGGUGCUUCCGGUCUUUGUGACGAUGUUUUUGAAAGUCUUGGUUGCUUCAAUAGUUGAAUAUGAACCUAUCUUUGUGGCGAAAGUUUUAACCAUUGCGUAUUCAAUAUGAACCCGUUUGUAUACAUGAAGCAAAAACAAAACAGCCAAGAAAAAUCAGAAACUAUCACUCGAAGAAAAUUACCAAAAGAGUAUCCGUCAAAAUUUUCUCUACAAUUGGACAUGGACCAGCAUCUUAAUCAUAAUUCAUAUUUUUGCUCAGCGAAAUUGAUUUUAAAAAGUUUUACAUAUUCAUUGCCGGAUCACGCGAUGUCGCGUGAAGCAAAAAAUAUCAUUACAUUCUAUCGGUAUUGAUUAAUAGCUGUGUGGGUGUUUGUAUUGGCGUGGAACCAAUUGUUCUGCAGCGAGCAUGUUAAAAAGUUGCCAAAAAUCACAAGUGAAGAUUUAUAUAAGAGGUCAAUUUUCAUAAACUAUCACUGGAUGUUAAAAAUGUUUAAUUAACAGUAGCAUAAGUGUUAGAAAUAUUUUAUCAUGCAAUUGUUUUAGAUAGAAUGUGUACAAACACUUUCGAUUUUGUAAAAUAAA